AUGUACUUUUUCCAAUCUUUAGAAGAGGAGAUUAUGAUAAAUAUUUUUAAAUACAUUGAACGUCCUAUGAAUUUGAUUUUAACCUGUCAAAAAUGGUCAAAUGUCGCCAGAAAUUCUCGUGCUAAAGCUGAAUGGUUGAUAACGCAACAUGGUAAAAUACAUGCACUAUUCUAUGCAGUAGGAUUAGGACCUACUUUUGUCAACGUAGAUGUAUGUGAAGUCUUAAUAACGGAAAGAAAAGUUGUCAUAUCGGAAUGUUUUAUCAGAAAAUUAUUAGAUCAUUUUGGAACACUUGACCAAAAAUUAAUUGAACUUAAAAUGGAACAUAAUGUCGAACCAUUUGAAUUUGGUACAUCUUCCUGGGCAAGCGAUUUACCUUUAUCAGUUUUUACUUAUUUAAUAACCAAAGGAUACGAUAAUGCCAGCAGAGAUUUAACUUUAAAUUUAGGAGAUAUGGAAUUAUUUCAUAAUUGUAAUAUUAGUGGUGGACGUGAGAAUCAAUAUUUAAAUAUAGCAAAUUUUCCUUUUAUAGAAUAA